AUGAAGCUUCUCAAUACCCUCCUCGGUCUUUCGACCGCGCUUGUCAUUGGUGUUGCCGCCAUUGGUGACUGUGACAGCGGUCCUUUCGCGGCCCUCCAGGCCGUUGGCGACAAGCACGACUCCAGCGAUUUCGAUGUCGAAAUCUGCGAGACGCAAUGGAACUCUGGUCAGGUCGUCCGUGGUGUCGAAGUCUGGGGAAGCAAGAACCGCAUCAGCGGUAUUUCCUUGACGUACUCCAACCAGGACAAAAGUCAUCUCGUCGGCGCUCGGGACGGAGACUACCACCAAUCUCUGGACUGGGACCCUUUCACUGUUCAGGUCACGCGGACCGUGCUCUGGUCUGAUAAGGAUGCUAAUCAGCUUGGUGGGCUGCGCAUCGAGCUAUCCAAUGGCGACACCAUAGAGAUGAAGGUCGACAAGAUCAGUGAGAGCACGUUCAGCCCUGAUAUCGGUAGUGGCAUUAUGCUGGGUGGCUGGGGUAGAGCGGAUGAUCACAUCACGGCUUGGGGAUGGCUCUUCCUUGAGGAUAAGGUGGACAAGAUUCAGAUUGGAGACUUUGUCUGGGACCAGGACCAGGAUGAUUUCGCCAAAUCGCAAGCAGGGAUCAAGAAAACCGUGAAGGCGUCCCAGGGACAGUACAACUCUGCUUCAAACACCACGACUAUCGCGUUCGACAUCUCAGACACUGUCUCCAACUCGUACUCUUACAGUCAAAGCGUCCACUUUAACUUCGGCAUGGGUUACUCUCUUGAGAUCAGCGCUCAGGUUGCCGGCGCCGGCCCCAAGGCGACCACUAGCGUUUCCUUCGAGGUGGGCACGGAGUCCAAGAAGGAAUGGACCGAGACGCAGAGCACGACUCUCACCUUCAAGGUCUCCCAACCAGCCUUGUCCGGGAAGACCACCAUGUGCAUCGGCUACGUCGAGUACGGCGAGUUCGAUAUGGGCUACGAAGCCAACGUUCACAUUGUGCUCAAGAAUGGCAAGACCUUUGAUUUCAGGGAGAGGGGUGAGAGGAAGCAGACUAUGUUCGGUCAGGCGCAGACGGCGUGUGCGGACGAGGAUGGCGACCAUUCUUCGGAAAGCCCUGAGGACUUUGUGAAUCGUCAUCGCCCAGCCACGACGAAGAGGGAGAACAGGAAGAGGGAGAGUAGGUUUAUCUCUCGCGGGCCCGUUGCCUAG